AUGUGGCCGGCAGGUGCGGGCACCAGGCUGCCCUGUCCCCGGGACUCCGCGCUCCGGCGGGCGGCUUUCUCUGGGAACCUCACCGCCCUGCCUUCUCACCUCGUGCCCGCCGGCCGAAGUGUCCGGGUCUUUAUCAGCGCCAACCCUGAAGACACGGGAGCAGAAAGACAGGCACUAAGAGAAAAUGUGUAUCCUAAAUUGAGAGAAUUCUGCAGAGAAAACUAUGGAUUAGAAUUUCAGGUCAUAGAUCUCUACUGGGGCAUCGAUGAAGACGAAUGGGACAGCCCGGAGCUCCAGAAGACCCGCAUGAAGCUGCUGGAGGACUGUUUGAAAACUUCUGCAGGUCCAUGUUUUGUUGGACUGUUGGGUGAAAAGUACGGGAACAUUCGAAUCCCUGGAGAAGUUGAAGCCUCGGAGUUUGAAAUGAUUUUGGAUGCUGCUAUAGAGGCGAAGCUGGAGACCAAGCUUCUGGAAGAGUGGUACUGUCGUGACGAGAACUCAGUGCCGGCAGCUUAUUACCUCAGACCUAAAUCGGAAAUGCUGAAAAGCAAUAAAAAUGCAAUGCAGCCUUCUGCCAAAGCUGACAAUGAGAAGACCUGGCAAGAGAUAUCAGAUGAGAUCAAGAGGAUAUUUAAGGCUGCUGUAAAACUGUUACAUGAAAAGGGGAAAAUGAAAUAUAGCCAAGCUAAGAGGUACCUGUUCUCAGCGAUAGAGGACGAGUUUGACUUUGCUCUAGGAAAGCAAACUCCAGCAUUCCUAAAGAAGUGUGUUUGCUACAUUCGGAAAAUUGCUAACAUUGAGCGUUUUGUGAAAAUCCCGGAGAUGGGAAAAUACAUGGAUAUCACUGGAACAGAGCCAAGGAUUAUGCGGGAUGCAGAAGCCCAAGAGAAGCUGAUAAAACUCAGGGAUGAAUUUAUUCCAACUAUUGUUGCAUCAUCUAAUCUGAGAGUGUACACAUCUGUUACUCAUUGUGACAUGAAACUGGGCUAUUCCCAAGAAAUAGAAAAUCAUUACAUAGAAGGACUUGGUAAACAAUUUUAUGAGGACAUGAUUGAUAUCAUUCAGGCAACCGUACAACAGAAUUUUGACACUGAAACCGACACGCUCUAUGAUGAAAUCCUUCAGCAUUCCUCAUUAUGUAAGACGUACGCCUCCUUCUACGAGUAUAAAUGUGAAUCUCUCAACAUCGUGCAUAAAUACGUUCUGCCAAGCAAAACCGGGCACAUCAACCCUCUCGUCAUAUAUGGUGGACCAUGCACUGGGAAGACCCUCCUGCUAGCUGAAGUAGCAAAGAAGGCCUAUGGCUGGCUUCAUGAAGACACAGGACCAGAAUCUGACCCAGUAGUCGUCAUGAGAUUUCUAGGAACCACAGACAUGAGUACUGACCUUAAGACUCUCCUUCUAAGUGUUUGUGAACAAUUGGCAGUCAACUACCGGUGUCUGGUUCAAAGCUACCCUAAGAAGAUCCAUGACCUCCGAGACUUAUUUAUAAACCUUUUGAACGAGUCUUCAUUGCAGAGACCUCUAGUAAUAAUAUUCGAUGCCCUAGAGCAGCUCUCAGAGAGUGACGAGGCCAGGAAGCUUUGGUGGCUCCCAGCUCACCUUCCCCGCUUCGUACGAAUAGUCCUGUCCACACUGCCCAACAGACAUGGGAUCCUGCAGAAACUGAGGUGCCUUAUCCACGAAGAAGCCAACUACAUUGAGCUGAUUCCCCGGGACCGGAAGAUGUGCAGCCAGGUCCUCAAACACCAGCUGUUGCGGGUCAAAAGGAAGGUCACAUCAGGUCAGCAGAUUUAUGUGAACAACGCAUUCUCCAAGUGCACGCUGCCCAUGUUUGUGAACCUGACCUUCAGGGAGGUGAGAUGUUGGAGAUCUCACAAAGACGUCGAUGAAUCCUCCCUCUGUGUCACGGUUCACGAAAGCAUAGAGCAGCUAUUCUGGUCCUUGGAGAAGAAGUGUGGUCAGAAACUGGUCUCCAGGGCUCUCGGUUACAUCACCAUGGCCAAAAUAGGUUUGAGUGAAAUGGAACUGGAGGAUGUGUUGGCCCUAGACAACAGUGUGAUGAAUGAGCUCAAUGAGAACACUAGGCCCAGCAAUCCCCUGAGAGUACCUUAUCUGUACAUUGCGAGGCUCAAGGAGGGUCUCAGUGGAUACUUAAUAGAAAGACAUGUGAAGAACGUCACACUCUUGGUCUGGGCCAAUAGACACCUGCAGCUCAUAGCCCAGAAGUUGUAUCUGCAGGACGACAGUAACCUGCGCGAAAUGCACACCAUCCUGGCAGAUUACUUUCUGGGAGUCUGGUCAGGGGGCAGGAGGAAAGCUUUCUGCCUUGAAGACCCCUACUUGAAUGGCUGCCUUGACUUGGAGAGCAGAAGUUUGCUUGAGGAAGAGAAGCACUUCAUGGAACAGGCCUCCUUUGACAGGCAGGCUCCAGACCAGCCCUGGGUUUUCCAGUGUAAUCCACUGGAGCCUGACAUCUUCUUUGUCAAUCAUCGGAAAAUGUCUGAGCUCUUGCACCACCUGACAAGGUGUGGAAAAACCGAUGACCUGCUUUACGGGAUCAUCAUGAACUUCAGCUGGCUUUAUACCAUGAUCAAAAUCGGCCAGUUCGACAAAGUGCUCUCAGACAUUGAGCUGGCUUACAACUACUCGCAAGAGAAGGAGCUGAAGUUCCUGGCUAGCACUCUCCGUGGCAUCAAAACCAAGGUCACUACGUUUCCGGGCUCUCUUUCAGCAGAGCUUCAGCAAAGGCUGCUGCCUGUUGUAAGUUCCCUGCCCAAACUUAGACACCUCCUUUUAGAAUGUGACAAAGAUGGGCCCAAAUAUUGCUCCAUUGUGCCAUUACAUUCAUCCAUGGACGUGACAUAUAGUCCAGAGCGUCUCCCCUUGUCCUCUAGUCACCUGCAUGUCACCGAGAUUCUGCCUACAUGUAACCCCAGUACUGUCCUCACAGCUCUAGAAAAUGGCUCCAUCAGCACGUGGGAUGUGGAAACCCGUCAACUCCUCCGGCAAAUCACCACAGCCCAGUCUGUCAUCCUGGGCAUGAAACUCACCAGUGACGAAAAGUAUCUUGUGGUGGCUACGACAAAUAACACCUUGCUGAUUUAUGACAAUGUAAAUUCUUGUCUUCUGUCUGAAGUGGAAAUCAAAGGCACCAAGCACGGAAGCGGCUCCACCUACAUCAAUGGAUUUACACUGUCUGUCAACCACGCCCUCGCAUGGCUUGAAGCCAGCAAAGAUGUCACUGUCAUCGAUCUGCUCUACGGGUGGCCCCUUUACCAGUUCCACUGCUGGUACGAAGUGACCUGUGUCCAGUGCUCUCUGGAUGGCAUGUAUGCUUUCUGUGGACAGUACCUGAACACCACCACCAUAUUUCAUUUAGGGAGUGGAGAAAAGUUAUGUACGGUGACAUCUGAAUUUUCAGGUGGGUUUGUGAAGUUUCUUCUUAUCUUGGACAUGGCUCAAGAAAUGGUAAUGGUGGACAGCGAGGGAGGCCUUUCGGUUUGGAAUACUGAGGACAUUUCCAAUCCCCAGCUGACUGAUGACUUUGACUGCCGAAGAGAAGACAGCGAGGUGGUCAGCAUUGAACUUUCGGAGGACCAAAAUGCGAUUCUGAUCUGUAAAGCCCUCAGCAUUGAGCUCUUAGAUACGGGCAUGUGGAAGGUGGCUGAGAAGUUCAGAGCUAAGCACAACGAACGCUUUAUUUCUGCUGUGCUGUCCAAAAACGGAGACUGCAUCAUCGCGACCAUGGAAAAUACCUCAGCUGUGUUUUUUUGGAGGCGGGACACAGGACAAUGUAUGGCGAGCUUACAGGAAAUCUCAGGUACCAUAGUCAAGCUGGUGAAAUCCAGUCACCAUAAUAUGCUGCUCUCUUUAUCAACCAGUGGUGUUCUUUCCAUCUGGGAUAUAGAUAUAAUCACCGCUAUGUCCAACAUAGAUAAGACUGGGAAACCCAUUCAAAGCCUGGUGUUACCUGCCAGAGGGGAAAUCAUUUAUUCCCUCGAUGGCUCGGAUUGUGUCCACAAGUGGAACUUCAGCAGUGGGUUCCUUGAGGCAGUAUUCAAGCAUGAGGGCAUAGUCGAGCACUGCGUGCUGACGUCCUCUGGAGAUGUCAUGGUGACAUCAGAUGACAAAAGCAGCCAGUACGUCUGGCACACCAGCAGCGGGGAGAACCUCUUCCGAAUUAACGGGCAGAGAAUAUCUCAGCUGCUAAUUACGCACAAUGACCAGUUUGUGGUCUCUCUCUGUGAGGAAAAUGCCUCCAGGGUUUGGAGACUGGCCACAGGCCACAGGGUCUGCAACAUUUUGACCACUCUGCAGAAUGCCUUUAUAACCUCCGCAAAUACUUUCGUGGUGGGAAUGACGAAAAGCAAAGUGCUGGCUGUCAGUCUCUGGACAGGAAGCAUCACCAAGAAAUUUUGCUGUGAAGAUGGCACCACCAUUGUGAAUUUUAAGUUGAUCCCCGACUGCCCUGACAUCAUUGUGUUCAUCACAUCAGCCGAGACAGUGAAUAUCUGGAGUCUGACGGAUGAAGUCAUCUGUCGCCGUGUGCAACUUCCAAACAACUUCUUGAAAAAUCUGGAGGAUUUCGAGAUUUCUCCCAAUGGCAAGCUAGGCAUUAUAUCCAGGGGAGAUGAAAAUAUCAAUGUGCUGGAUUUACACAGUGGCAAAUUACGGGUGGUUCACGCCUCUGGGGUCAUCUGGAGGCAAAGGCUCUCUCGAGAUGGUCGCUACCUGGUAUACAUUUGCUUCCGGAAUGGGGAGGAGGGGGAUGAAAACGGUGCGGUAUCCAGUUUGAUUGUAAUGAGACUGGCUGACGGCAAAAAUAUCGGUGCCUGCUCCCUUUACAAAACACCAACUUUUCUCGCCCUCUCGCAGAGGCACCUGAACAUCAUAGUGGGUUUUGACGACGGGAGCAUAGGGAUAUACACAGUGGUAGACCGUGUAGACGCAGCCCUGAAAAUUAAAAUUGCCACUUCAAAUAGCAGACAGAUUUUCAACAAUGCGACACAGUCAUCCAGGCCAAAGUGUAGUCGUUACUGUUUUAAAGUGUCUGUGGAUUGCCUGUGGAGAGAGUCUACCGAGGUCUUUGCGAGAGACAGUCCCAUCACGGUGAGUGAUUCCACUGAGCCCAAUGAGGCGACACCAUCCAAGAAACACAACCCUUGCUACGACCGGGUGUGCUCCGCCCUGGAAUCCAGGGGCCACAGCUACGCCCCUGACAACUGA